GGAAAACUAUCCUCAUCAUCAUCUUAUCCACAAGAGAAAAAAAGAAAAAGAAAAGCCAUUUCUUUCCGUAUUUACCCAAUUACCUUCCUUUUUUUACCCAUAAGGAUUAAAAAAAAUUUCCAUUACCCAUUUUGAAUUCCCCUAAAAUUUAAAGCACAGAACUCCAUGGGCUCCCUCGACGAGUUAGCGAUGGGUUACUCUCUUCCUCACGAUUCUCUCUUUCUCGGCUUCGAUAGCUCGACUCAGUCACUGAAGGCAACGGUGCUCGAUGCUAACCUCACCAUCGUUGCUUCCGAAACUAUACAUUUUGAUUCUCAGUUGCCACACUACAAAACGAAAGAUGGGGUUUACAGAGACCCCAUAGAGGAUGGGAGAAUAGUUUCCCCUACAUUGAUGUGGGUGGAGGCUCUCAACACUCUCCUUGAAAAACUUAAAUUGAAGCUGGACUUCAGCAAGGUUAUCGCCAUAUCAGGAAGUGGGCAGCAACACGGCAGUGUUUACUGGAAAAAGGGAAGUUCAGCGACAUUGGCCUCUUUGGAUCCUAGCAAGCCUUUAGUGUCUCAACUUGCCGAAGCUUUCUCUACCAAAGAAUCACCAGUUUGGAUGGAUAGUAGUACCACUUUGCAAUGCAAAGAGAUUGAGAAAGCUGUUGGCGGUCCAUUGGAGGUGGCGAGACUUACAGGGUCUCGUGCUUAUGAGAGAUUUACAGGACCUCAAAUUCGAAAGUUAUAUGAGACGAAGCAAGAUGUUUAUAAUGAUACUGAGAGGAUCUCGCUUGUUAGUUCUUUUAUGGCAUCUCUUUUGAUUGGGAGGUAUGCUUGUAUUGAAGAGACUGAUGCAGCAGGAAUGAAAUUGAUGGAUAUUAAAGAGCGUGUGUGGUCUAAGAUUGUCAUGAAGGCUACUGCUCCAGGACUGGAAGAAAAACUCGGCAAACUGGCACCAGCUCAUGCAGUUGCUGGUCCAAUAGCUCGUUAUUUUGUGGACAGGUAUCAUUUCAACGAUAGUUGUCUGGUUAUUCAGUGGUCUGGAGACAACCCGAACAGUUUAGCAGGUUUGACUCUGAAUACUCCUGGUGAUCUGGCAAUAAGUCUUGGAACCAGCGAUACCGUGUUCGGAAUAACAAAUGAGCCCCGACCAAGUCUAGAAGGGCAUGUUUUUCCUAACCCUGUUGAUCCAAAAUGCUACAUGGUUAUGCUCUGUUUCAAAAAUGGCUCUUUAACUCGAGAAGAUGUGCGUAAUAGGUGUGCAGAAAGCUCUUGGGAUGUGUUCAACGAAACAUUGGAGAAAACACCUGCACUCAAUGGUGGAAAAUUAGGUUUCUUUUACAUGGACCAUGAAAUUCUACCUCCCUUGCCAAUUGGAUACCACCGCUAUGUGAUCGACAACUUCACUGGCAACUCAAUAGAUGAGAUGAAAGCACGCGAGAUUGAGGAGUUUGAUUCUCCUUCAGAGGUGCGAGCGAUCAUAGAAGGGCAAUUCCUCUCUAUGAGAGGCCAUGCUGAGAGAUUCGGCAUGCCAACUCCUCCCAAAAGGAUAAUAGCAACUGGUGGGGCUUCAUCAAAUGACUCCAUCCUUAACUCCAUAGCUAGCAUUUUCGGUUGCCCUGUCUAUACUGUUCAAAGACCUGAUUCUGCUUCCUUGGGUGCUGCAUUGAGGGCUGCACACGGAUGGUUGUGCAACAAAGAAGGCAAAUUUGUGCCGAGCUCAGCACUUUAUGAGGGCAAAAUAGAGAAAACCUCUCUAAGCCCUAAGCUCUCGAAGCCUGCUGGAGACAAGGAGCUCCUGUCCAAGUAUGCGUUGCUGGUGAAGAAGAGAAUGGAAAUUGAGAAGGAUUUAGUCGAGAAGUUUGGACGCAAAUAAAAGCUGGGCAAAUCCUCUCACCUUCAGUUUGACUUGCAAAGAUCGUAUAUAGUUAAUUUGAGAUUGGUCUUAUUUGAUGUUUGCUAAUAAGUUUUGGCUGCCAAUUGAAGUGACCAGGGGUAAUAAGCUUAUUAAGCUGUAUGGUAUCUCUUAGUUACUUUUCUUUAUGUUCCUGAAAAUGCUCUUCUCAGUUCAUU